AUGGCAACCGAGGGCCAGGACAAGAAGAACAUUCUCAAUUGGGUCGACCCGAAGGACAAGACCGGCGAGUUCAAGCGCCAGACCUCCGUCUUCCGGAACUUCAUCUCGCGGAAGCCCGGCGCAGAAUUCCCGCCUGAGAAGGGCAGAUACCACCUCUAUGUCUCAUAUGCAUGCCCAUGGGCGCACCGCACGCUGAUUGUCCGGAAGCUGAAGGGGCUGGAAGACUUCAUUGGGUUCACGUCGGUGCACUGGCAUAUGGGCGAGAAGGGCUGGCGUUUUGCGACACCAGACGAGAACCUACCAGGCGAGAACUCCGGUCCUGAUCCCCACCACCCGGAGUACACGCACCUGCAGGACAUCUACUACGAGAAUGACAAGGACUACAAUGGGCGCUUCACAGUACCGACGCUGUACGACACAAAGCAGAGGCGGAUCGUGAGCAAUGAAAGCAGCGAGAUCAUCCGCAUGCUCUACUACGAGUUUGACGACCUGCUGCCCGAGCCCUACAAGUCCAUUGAUCUGUUCCCGGAGGCGCUGCGCGAGAAGAUUGAAGCUACCAACGACUGGACGUACAACGACAUCAACAACGGCGUAUACAAGAGCGGUUUCGCGACCACGCAAGAAGCGUACGAGAAAAACGUAACGACGCUAUUCAAAGCGCUCGACCGCGCCGAGGAGCACCUCGCCUCCUCGCCCGGUCCCUACUACUUCGGCGACAAGAUCACCGAAGCCGACGUCCGCCUCUACACGACCAUCAUCCGCUUCGACCCCGUCUACGUCCAGCACUUCAAGACCAACCUCAAGGACAUCCGCUCCGGCUACCCGGCCCUGCAUAAGUGGGUGCGCAAGCUCUACUGGGACGUCCCGGCGUUCCACGACACGACACAGUUCGACCAUAUCAAGAAGCACUACACCAAGAGCCAUAAGCAGAUCAACCCCUUCAACAUCACUCCCUUAGGCCCGGUCCCGCAUAUCUUGCCCAAGGAUGAAGAGGUCAAUGCUGCGAAUGCGCUGUUGAGGACCACGAACGAGCCGUCUGUCUAA